CACAAACUUUUUAAAAUCACAUCUCUCUCGCUCACCAGUCACCACCACCACUAACCACCGUCAUCGCCGCCGUCAAUGGAGCCCAACUGCCGCGUCGACGAUCUCAUUUCCGAACUAGUCCACCGUCUUCAAACCACCACCACCACCACCGCCUCAAACCCUAACCCUAAAAAUGUCAAGUACGCCAAAAUGAUUCUAGACAGCCGCAUGACGCCGUCAAUCGCCGCCGAUGAAUCCGCCAUGGCACAUUCAAUCAAAAGUAAUCUCGUUAAACAAGGUAAAUUAUCUGAUGCUUUAUUGUUUACGGAUCUAUAUUCUAAAUUUACUUCAAAAAUUGGUCCUGGAAGUGUUACAAAUAAGUGGUCUGUACUUUAUUUGCUUAAAAUCAUUUCCGAUGACCGUAAGCGUAAAACUACGUAUAAUUCGAGCCUCGUUAGUUAUUCCGAUGGCGGUCUCCCGGCUUUAUUCGAGCCCGAAACUAGGGUUAGUAAGAAUAAUGAUAAGAAUGUGGUUGGUAAGGAUAAUGGUGGAGUAUUGUUAGUGUCUAGAGACCCCGAGAAUUUGUUAGACGUAGCGUAUAGGGAGUUUGCGGUUAUAGUAAAGGAGGAAAAUUUUGUGACGGAGGAGGUUUUGGUGCGAGACGUGUUGUAUGCGUGUCAAGGGAUUGAUGGAAAGUAUGUGUUGUUUGAUGAGAGUGUGGAUGGAUAUGUUUUGCCGGAUACGAUUAAAGUGCCAAAGUCGACGAAGAUUAUGGUUAGGAGGUUGUGUGAGCUUGGUUGGUUGUUUAGGAAAGUGAAAGGGUAUGUUAAUGAAUGUAUUGAGCGGUUUCAUGAUGAGGAUGUUGGGACGGUAGCUCAAGCCUUUUGUGCAGCGUUGCAGGAUGAGUUGUCGGAAUAUUAUAAGUUGUUGGCGGUUCUUCAUUCGCAGGCGAUGAAUCCGAUUCCUUUGGUUUCGGAAAAUGUCAGUUCAGGAAAUUAUCUUUCUUUAAGGAGGCUCUUGGUGUGGUUUUCAGAGCCUAUGGUGAAGAUGAGGUUAAUGGCGGUUCUUGUGGAUAGUUGCAGGGGUCUAAAGGGCGGUGCCCUGGCUGGGGCCAUCCAUAUGCAUGCGCAGCAUGGUGAUCCUCUUCUUCAUGACUUUAUGAAAGGGUUGCUUCGUCGAGUUUGUUCGCCUUUGUUUGAGAUGGUGAGGAGUUGGGUUUUGGAAGGGGAGCUUGAAGAUAUAUUUUCGGAGUUUUUUGUUCUGGGUCAGUCUGUGAAAGCAGAAUCUCUUUGGAGAGAAGGUUAUAGACUUCACUCAGCAAUGAUUCCUUCUUUUAUCUCUCCAUCUCUUGCCAGGCGUAUACUCAGAACAGGGAAAUCCAUUAAUUUCCUUAGAGUUUGUUGUGACGAUCGUAGCUGGGCUGACGCAGCAACACAAGCUGCAGCUGCCACAGGGACCACGACCAGGAGAGGGGGUCUUGGGUAUGGUGAAACCGAUGCACUCGAGUCUCUAGUCACUGAAGCAGCAAAAAGAAUUGAUAAGCAUCUAAUGGAUGUUGUUUACAAUCAGUAUAGGUUUAAGGAGCAUUGUCUUGCUAUCAAGCGAUAUCUCUUGCUAGGGAAAGGCGAUUUUGUGCAGUACUUAAUGGAUAUAGUGGGCCCCGAGCUCUCAGAGCCUGCUAAUACUAUAAGCUCGUUUAAACUUGCUGGUUUAUUAGAGAGUGCCAUCCGGUCAUCUGAUGCACAAUAUGAUGAUCUUGACAUUUUGGAGAGACUGAGAGUUAAAAUGAUGCCACAUAAUAUUGGAGACAGGGGUUGGGAUGUGUUUUCUUUGGAUUAUGAUGCAAGAAUCCCAUUAAAUACUGUAUUUACAGAAUCUAUAAUGGUAAAGUACCUAAGAAUCUUUAAUUUUUUGUGGAAGCUUAGAAGGGUAGAGCAUGCACUUACCCGUGCUUUUAAGACUAUGAAACCAAACUCGAUCACUUCUCGUUUCUUUACUAACCUACCAAAGGAUUUUAAGAAGACGCUUAAUUCGGCAACACGGCCAACCCAUAUUCUUAGGGGGAAAAUGAAUCAUUUCAUCUCAAAUUUGCAGUAUUAUAUUAUGUUUGAAGUCUUGGAGGUGUCAUGGGCCAAGUUUUGUGAAGAAAUGGAAGCAUCAAAAGAUUUUGAUGACCUGCUUGCUGCCCAUGAUAAGUACCUUCACUCAAUUGUUGAGAAGUCACUUCUUGGCGAGCGUUCUCAGGCUCUUUACAAAAGUCUGUUCAUGCUCUUUGACAUUAUAUUGCGGUUCCGUAGUCAUGCUGAUCGGCUUUAUGAAGGAAUCUACGACUUUCAAGCAAGAACCAUGGAAGAUACGACCAAGCAGCCGAAGAAUGCUAAAAACAGAAGCUCAUAUUCUGAUCUAUGGCUUAGUGAAGAGGGGGAAGCCAUACUUCAGCGUGCUAGUGAGUUCUUACGAAAUACAAGACGGGAUCUAGAUGCAGUCUCAAAGGAGUACUCCGCUCUUUUCGAGGGGUUCAUUUCUCAAUUGCCUGUGCAACAACACAGUGAUUUAAAGUUCCUCGUGUUGAAACUCCGGCAAAAUGCUGUUGAAACAGCUACCACAUGAAAUCAACCUAAUGUUUUAGUCAUGGAGGAUGUAAGGUUUCAUUGAUCAGAACAUGCAGUGCAACAAGCAGUGGCCAUCAUACUCCAGUUGGUGUAGCUGUAAGGUUUCAUUGAUGAAAUGGCCAACAUCAGAACAUGCAGUGCGACAAGUCAUACUCCAGUUGAUGUAGCGUUACCUAUACAGUUCUUGUUCUUAGAUUUGAUUUACUUAACGCGAUAAUCAUCCACAAGCACAAUGCAGUUCAAUUGAACGUAUGCUGAUGUUCCUAACCGUUUAGUCCAACUAUGUUUGCUUUGGUAGCGUGGUUUAAAGCCAAAUUCUCAAGAUUGUAAAUGUGUAUUAUAGUUUUUUAUUGGCUUAAUUAAGAGUGAUGGGUGCCGUUUGUGAGCUUUGGGCUCUUGUUCACCAAUUCUUGUCUUAAAACUUGUGUCAAUAGUUUGGUAUGUGUUUGCCAAUGGAAAUGCAGGUUUGGGUGAUUGUUUCCUUGUUAA